CAGAAUUCCAGGAUCUCUCUGGUCAGUAAUGUUGACCUUCUGGAUAUAUCACUCAGGAUGCUAGUACUAUGUAUAUUGUAGACAACUACGCUCAAUGUUACGGAAAGAAUAAGCUACCUUUUGGAGAAAAACCUGCCCUGGUAGUCAUCGAUGCUGUCAAGGCAUAUCACACUCCAGGAUGUCCCCUCUAUGCUCCCGAGCGCUUUGAUAAGGCGCGAGACUCUAUCGUUCGAUUGAUAGACGAGUUCCGCCGUCUAGGCCUGCCUGUGAUUUUUACGUCUGUGAUAUUCAACGCCAGAGGAUUGAGCGAAGGUAAAUGGUACAAGUACAAAUUACCCAAUGUUCUCAACGCGUACGACGAGGGGAACCCCAUGCGCGAGUUCGCCGAGGGAGUCGUCCCAAGGGAGGAUGAAGUGAUCGUGUACAAGCAGUACAGCAGCAGUUUCUUCGGCACUAGCUUAGCAAGUUUGCUCACAAGCAUGGGUAUCGAUACUACGGUCUGCAUUGGGUACUCGACGAGUGGCUGUGUGAGAGCAACGACCCUCGAUGCAAUGCAGCAUGGUUUCUGCCCGUUUGUUGUACGAGAGGCCUGUGGAGAUCGUCACGAGAGCGUUAACGACAACAAUCUAUUCGAUAUGGACCAGAAAUUUGCUGAAGUUGUUACGGAGGCGUGGAUGAUGAAGACGUUGCGGGAGAAAUUUGCCAAAUAGUUUGAGGUCAAUCUUGGCUCUCAAAGCUCGAAAUCAGGUAGC